AUGGUCACAUGACUUAGGGGAAAUUGGAAUUGCGGAACCUGGAAUCCAUGUUUACACAAGGGAGAGAGUUCACUUGGUAAACCUCACACUGACGGCGAAACAUGCUGCAACCAUUUACAAUCACCCUCAGCCUGUUACCAUUUUUCCCAGCCUUCCUCUGCGGGGUAACCACCGAGGGGGAGCAUGCAGUCAUGGAGGGCCAACAUCUCACAGUCCCGUGUCAUUAUGGGCCUCAGUAUGCCGGCUAUGUAAAAUACUGGUGUCGGGGGAAGAUGAGGGAGUUCUGCACCAGUUUAGCUCGAACAGAUGAGCCCCAUUCGGCCAAUUCAGCUGAGGAGAAAGUGAGCAUCUUUGACGACCCAGUCCAGCUGGUGUUCACAGUGACCAUGAGCAACCUGAAGGAGGGGGACUCUGGGUGGUACAUGUGUGCCGUGGAGAUAGGUGGUAUUUGGAGCGCUGAUGAUGUUGCUUACACUUACAUUAAGGUCAUUCAUGGCAUGUCAGUGGUGAACAGUUUCCUGAUUGGGGAAGAAGGGAGUAGUCUCACAGUUGAAUGCCACUACAGUGAGAGAUGCAGAGAAAGCGAGAAGAGGUGGUGUCGGAGCGGAGACUGGAGCUCCUGUCUGCCGACAGGUUCUGACGGGAGAUACGAAGACACUUCUGUGGCCAUCAGCGAUGACAGAACUAGGACUCUCACUAUAACCUUAAAGAAGCUGCAGAUGAGAGAUACCGGCUGGUACUUGUGUUUUGCAGGACGGCAGAAGAAGGAUGUGCAUGUGCUGGUCACACCCCGACCCACGACCACAGUAGCAUCUGUGACAUCCACACCUACAACAAGUCAGUCUGUUGCACACCUGCCUGCACCCAAACCCAUCAGUAAGGAGUCCUGGAACAGACACAACCACAUCUUGGAGUCGAUGCUGGUGUGUGCUACUGUAAUGCUCCUUGUGGGCUUGGCCAUAUUGGCGAGAAAGUUGUGGAUACAGCAAAUUCAAGAGCAGGAUCCUGUGCUGAGACCAGUUAAGGAGAUCUAAGCAAGGUGCAAUAUGUACCCAGGUGACCUGCACAACUCUGCUCCCGUUUUCCUUAGCAAGGACUCCCAGAAUGUACCAAUGUACUGAGCUUUAUCAAUGCAGGGUUGAUUUUUACUCUUCGUAACUGCAUUUUGUUUCGUGUCAGUUCACUGCACACAUCACAUGCUUUAUUUCCAGUGUUUUUUAACAUUGCAGCACAACUUGCUUUCUGCUUGCUGCUGUACAAAAUGCAAUUGCUAUAGGCUGGAGAGUCUGUUUGAUAUUAUGUAAUAAUUGACAUUUGGGUAUUUUAGCCAAUUGGUGGAGUUUACAUUCUGCAGUUAAACAUGUACUUUUUUUCUAAAUCCAGUAUGCUUAAAUU